GCAAUUCAGGCCAGGAGCUCCGUCCCUAGCUGUCCUACAUUCUCCGGGGAGGUGGGGUGUGUGGCGGCAUCCUAAGCAGUUUUACUGAUUUCCCUACAAAUAAGCAGGGGAGAGUUCACUCAGUCCUCGCGAGAGGGGCUGGUACUUUCGUUCUAAAGCUCUCGUUUCCUCGGGGAACAGAAUUGCUAGACGCAAUAGGUGCGUUGUCUUUAGUCUUCCCCGUUCCCUCUUAGGGCUGCAAGGGGUUAAAUCUCAGGCUCCGACGUCUUGGGAGAAGAACCCAACCAGAGGCAAUCUGUUUUGUUUAGUCCUGGCUGCUGAACUGAUUUUUAUGGUGAAGAGUUCUGUAGAACUGUAUACCCGUCUGCCUCAUUAUUUUGUGUCAAGGAUCUACUCUUGAUAAGUGGCCACAAACAUUUAGAAGCUUACAAUUAUAAUUCUUCAAUAUGUUUCCACUGACUGAGGAAAACAAGCAUGUGGCCCAGUUGUUGCUCAGUACUGGUACCUGUCCAAGAUGUAUCUUCAGAUUCUGUGGUGUGGAUUUUCAUGCCCCUUACAAACUUCCCUACAAGGAGCUACUCAAUGAACUACAGAAAUUUCUGGAAACUGAAAAAGAUGAAUUAAUUUUGGAAGUUCCAAACCCACCUCUCAAGAAAAUUCGACUGCAAGACCUAGAAGAUGGGAUUGAUGGGAAUGAUAAUCUGAGUCAAAAUGGUGAGGGAAGUGUCUCCGUUAUUGAAGACGGAAGCGUCAACUCAAACUUAAAUAUAUGCAAUGUGUGCCUAGGGAUUCUUCAAGAAUUCUGUGAAAAAGACUUCAUUAAGAAGGUGUGCCAAAAGGUUGAGGCCUCUGGGUUUGAAUUUACCAACUUGGUAUUUUCAGUCUCCUUCCCACCACAGCUAUCUGUAAGAGAGUAUGCUGCAUGGUUGCUGGUAAAACAGGAAAUGGGAAAGCAGAGUCUGUCGCUGGGAAGAAAUGAUAUAGUUCAGCUAAAAGAAGCCUACAAAUGGAUAACUCACCCCCUGUUUUCAGAGGAACUGGGUGUUCCCAUUGAUGGAAAGAGCUUGUUUGAAGUGAGUGUGGUCUUUGCUCACCCAGAAACAGUUGAGGAUUGCCACUUCCUACGUGCAAUAUGCCCAGAUUGUUUCAAGCCAGCCAAAAACAAACAGUCAGUAUUCACUAGAAUGGCAGUUAUGAAAGCUUUGAAUAAGAUAAAAGAAGAGGAUUUCCGCAAGCAGUUUCCUUGUCCUCCAAACUCACCAAAGGCUGUCUGUACUGUUCUUGAAAUUGAGUGUGCUCAUGGUGCUGUUUUUGUGGCUGGGAGAUAUAAUAAGUACUCCAGGAAUCUUCCGCAAACUCCUUGGAUAAUUGAUGGAGAAAGGAAACUGGAAUCUUCAGUGGAAGAAUUAAUUUCAGAUCAUCUUUUGACAACAUUCAAAGCAGAGAGUUUUAAUUUUUCAUCCUCUGGAAGAGAAGACGUGGAUGUGAGAACAUUAGGAAAUGGAAGGCCCUUUGCAAUUGAGCUGGUGAAUCCUCAUAGAGUACAUUUCACUUCACAAGAAAUUAAGGAACUUCAGCAGAAAAUUAAUAACUCAUCUAACAAAAUCCAAGUCCGUGACUUACAGCUUGUUACAAGAGAGGCAAUAGGACAUAUGAAAGAAGGUGAAGAAGAAAAGACCAAGACCUACAGUGCCUUAAUAUGGACAAAUAAAGCAAUACAGAAGAAAGACAUUGACUUCCUAAAUGAUGUAAAGGACUUAAAGAUCGACCAGAAAACACCUCUACGGGUCCUUCACCGGAGGCCCCUGGCUGUGAGAACUCGCAUCAUUCACUCCAUGGAGACUCGCUAUGUGGAUGAGCAUCAUUUCCGCCUCUAUCUGAAAACUCAGGCUGGAACCUACAUUAAAGAGUUUGUACAUGGAGACUUUGGGAGAACCAAGCCAAACAUUGGCUCUCUGAUGAAUGUGACUGCAGACAUUCUUGAGCUGGACGUUGAGUCUGUAGAUGUUGACUGGCCCCCUGCUCUCGAUGACUAGCUUUCAAAUGUGGAAACAAAGAGGAGAGUUCUCCUGGUACGAUGUGGACAUUCAUUCAGCAAACACUGUAAAAUGGCUGUUUACUCACCAUAACGGUGUCUUGGAAACCAUUUGGAUCAUGUUGAUCUAUAUAUUUUUUAAUUGGUUGUAACAUCUCAGGAUCUAUGUUAGUGUACAUUGUGUUAAAUUGUUCUAAGGAUGUCUUAUGAUUUUUCUCGUUCCCUCUCCAACCCUCACAAGCCAAGCUAUGAAUAAUGAAACCAUUCUUUCUUAAUUCUUUCAUUUAGAGAGGUACACAAACAGGUACAUUCUUUGAUAAUCUGAGCUGUAAUUUCUUUCAGCAGAAUUUCCUUCCACAAGAGACAUACCACCUUUAAAAAUCAUGUUCUAAAUUUUUUAAAUGAUGUUGGUAAAAGUUAUGUCUAGAUUUAUGCAGAACAGUAUCCUAUAAUAUUUUAAGAUAUCAAAUGCAAAUCUGACAUCAUUAAUAUUUUCCCAGUAAGCUUCAAGCAAGCUGUUACCAAUAGAUGUACUUUUGGUGUGAUUUGUCACAAAUCUUAAUGACUUUAAGUUAUUAUUUUGACAAUCUAAAAUUGUCAAUACAUUUCCUGGGGAGGGAAAGUGAAACCUUAGGAAUUGAGGCAUACUAUGGUAAGAGACUUUCAUAAAUCUUUUAAAUAAGAGGACACAAGUGCCUUGAAUAACUUCAUUCCCAGGGAUAAGAUUUUAAAAAAUUGAGAUUGUAUUCCAGAGUGCUUCAAUAUAUUAUCCAAUUUCAAACAUCUUCAUCAGGUAGAUAUUAUCAUCACCAUUUUAUAAAUAUGAAAACCAAAGAAUAGAAAUUAAAUGAUUUAUCUAAAAUUGUUAGUUACUUCCAGAUCUAGGACUAGAAGUGAAGUUCCUUGGUCUCUAGGGUCCUUUCUAAUAAACCUUAUUAUCGAGUACCUACCGUGAGAAGGAGCCACUGGAGGUUGUCAUUUAAAUGCACAUAACCAUGAGAAUUGACUUUUGGAAUUUAGAUACCAAAUCAAGUUUACCAAAAUAUAGCCCAAGUAUAUUUCAUAUGAUCGCAUAUGAUUACCAUUUGUUCGUAAGUUAAUCAUCAGUUGGUACUAUGAAGAAGAUGAACAUCAAAUAAGCAAAACCUAAAGAAAAUGGAUGGGUCAUUAAAAGUUUCGGCAAGGAGUCUCAUUAAAAUUUCAGUUUUAAGUGUAAUUUCCAUUCCCUGAUUCAACUAUCUGAGCUUAUUUUAGAACACACGUGACUUGGAUAGUAUUGGAUUGCUCAGUUUCCCAUCUCUCUAUUAAGCAUAGGUCAUAGGUAUUAAGAUGUAGUAUUCACUUUAGAAAUCAGGAAAAUGACAUGAAGAAAUUUCAUAUAUGAAUAAGGGCAAAUAACUUUGACUAUUUUCAAUGCCAGAAAAUGAGAAAGGGAUAACAGAAAUAAAGUUUUGAUAAAAAAGGUAAGAACUUUUGUGUGAAUGUUUCUCAGUUUCUGGGGAAAUGUUGCUACAUAAGAGAGAUAAAUAAUUGGGAAGAUAGUCUUUUGCAUGUUUCUUUUUGGCUCAGGGUUGAAUUCAGUGGAUCUACAAAAUGGAAGAAUUAAGAAGCUCCAUAUUUAGUAAACUUAAAUUAGAAGACUUUUAUUUCUUAAAUUUCUAUUUCUGAGAUUAUACAAAAUUUCAAGCAGAGUCCAUUAGCUAUACUUAUUCCAAAUGUUCAUAUGACAUAGGUUGUUGAAAAUUAACAUAGGUCUUUGUUUUAUGCAGAACUGGCAAUAUUAAGUAACCAGAGUACUAUAGUUUCACUUUUGCCUAUAAAAAAAUAUUUUGAAAUUAGUUUUGUGAUCUCCUUAUAGAUUUGUUUAAAUUAAAAGUCUUUUAAAUAACAUUUAAGAGAAGGGGCCCUUUGUAAUUCUUGGUAUCUCUUUGUCCCAAAUAUAGUUUGUAGCUUCAUUUACGAAAAACGUCAACUCUGAAUACCUGGAAAAGUACAAAUAAAUAAAUAAAUACAGUUGGUAAAAUGAAAA